AAGAGGCUGUGGUUAAGAAGGUGAAGAAGAAAAGAAAAACAAACGAUUAACACCAACAUGCACUGAGGCUUCUUUCGACCGUUAUGGAGCUUCGCGCGGAACUGCUAAAGUCAAUCUGGCAUGCCUUCACUUCGCUAGACGUGGGAGAGAGCGGCAAGGUGUCUAAGUCCCAGCUAAAGGUCCUUUCCCACAACCUGUGCACGGCCCUGUGCAUCACCCAUGACAAGCAUGCUCUGGAACAGCACUUCAGGGACGAUGACGACGGGCCUGUCUCAAGUCAAGGCUACAUGCCCUACCUCAACACCUACAUCCUCGACAAGGCUGUGGAAGGGACAUUCAAGAAGGAGGAGGUCGACAGGCUCUGCUGGACUCUUUGCUCCACAAAGAACUACCACCCUGAGAGACAUGGCUCCAGCGCUUUAUCGAAGAAUGAUGCCUUCCACCUCUGGUGCCUAUUUAACUUCCUGUCUGAGGACAAGUACCCUCUGGUUUUGGUCCCUGAGGAGGUGGAGUACCUGAUAAAGAAGAUCUGCUCGGCUAUGAGCGUGGAGCUGAGCUGUGUCGACAUCGAGGACUUCAUUUCCCAGAACGACAUGCAGAGUGGCGUCAGUGUGUGGGCCUUCCUGGAUCUGAUGAAUUCUGGAGUUGUCACAAGAGGCGUUGAUAGAGAAUCCAUUACCAUGGCAAUUGAAGAAGUCUAUGGCGAGAUAGUGGGCAAUACUUUGAAAGAGGGAUACUUGUGGAAGAAGGGCCAUCUGCGUCGAAACUGGACAGAGCGAUGGUUUUCUCUGAAGGUGAGCUCACUGGCCUACUACACCAGUGAGGACCGCAAAGAGUGUAAAGGUGUCAUCGAGCUGGACCAAAACUGCUGUGUAGAGGUGCUGCCAGACAGGGAAGGGAAAAGGUGUAUGUUUUGUGUCAAGACACUCUCCAAAACCUAUGAGAUGAGCGCACCUGACACCAAACAGAGGCAAGAGUGGACCACAGCCAUCCAGACAGCCAUCCGUCUGUGCGUGGAGGGGAAGGCCUCCCUGCACCGGGAGCUGAAACUGCGGCGGCGUGAGCAGCGCGAGGAACGCGAGAGGAGACGCGUGUCCAAAGAGGAGGAGCUGCGGCGCCUGCGUCUCCUCCAGGAUGAGCGGGAGCAGCGGCUGGUGGAGCUGGAGCUCCUGCAGGAGGCGCAGCGGCAGGCCCAGGCCACGCAGGAGCAGGAGGAGCAGAAGAGGCGCCUGCAGCACGAGCAGCUGCAGAAGGCACUGCAGGAGCAGCUGCAGGAGGCUGAGGAGGCGCGGGCGAAUAUGCAGGUGGAGAUGGCCGCUAAGGAGGCGGAGGCUGAGCGGCAGCAGCGGCGGAUCCGUGAGCUGGAGGCCAUGCAGGUGCAGCUGGAGGAAGCCCUGCAGCUGGAGAUCAGAGCCCGGCGGGACGAGGAGGCCUGCCGCAAGACACAGGCCCGACUGCUGGCUGAGGAAGAGGAUAAGAUGAAGGCCUUGCUGACCCUCCAGGAGGAGCAGGAGGACUUCAUUCUCCGUACCCAGCGAGAGAAGCAGGAGCUCAGGCAGGAGAUGGAGAGCAAGUCCAAGGCUCUGGAGGAGGCCCAGCAGCAGCUGGAGAAAGUCAGGGCGAGCCGCCACAGAGUGGACCAGGACAUUGCGGCUGCCCAGAGGAAGCUACGGCAGGCCAGCACUAGUGUCAAGCACUGGAACAUCCAGAUGAACAGACUCAUGCAUCCCAUCGGACCUGGAGGUGUGUGUGUAGAGAGAAGAGCCUCCAUCGGGGGAACUCCCACCACACCGACGCGUCUGCCGUCCCUCAGGGACUCUGGGUUGCGACUGUCACAGAAGUGCGCCGAUAACGAGAAGGACAGAAAGGAGUCUCAGACGAGUGCUGAUAGCGACAGCAGGCCUGAGGAGGAGAGUGGCACCUCGGACAACGACGCAGGAAUUCCGAUGCAAACCUCCAAUGGGAGUAUAGAGUCUGCCAACUGACCACACUGUUCUUUAUGUAUAGUGACUUUUCUUCUGUUGUUAUUUUUCUUUUAAAUCUAGUUAAACAGAGUUUUUUUUUUUUUUUUGGAGGUUAUAUGGUCAGUAUACAAUGAUGUACAGAACAAAAUCAUGUUUCCUCUCUAGAAUUUGAAAAAUGAUUUUGAUUAUCGUGCAGUUGACAUAAAAGAGAAAAAUGUAGUUAAACUGCUUAAAGAAAGAUGAAACGCCUUAAUAUCACACUGUGCAUGAACACUUCCUGUGUUGUUUCCUGCUCAAUUAAAAGACAGAUAAUGAAGACACAUGACAGUCUCCUUUUGAUGAAAGAGUGUGCACUCCAGCAAAGUCUUCAGACACAUGGAGAUGAAUGGUGAAUUAAUAGAUACAGUAUGUGUUGUUAGUUAAUCCAAUCAGAUAAUGAAGUAACACACCAGCUGUGACAAAUGGAAGACCCGAAUUAAAAAUGAUUGAUGUAUUGUGGACUGUUAAUCUGAUAAGAAUGUGUUAGAGUGUUCAUCUGUUGUGCCAUUUAUGACGUGUAUGUAUUUUUCUAAAUGACUUUGUUCCAGGGUGUGUUGAAUUAUUUUGCCAUCCCGAAUUACACACAUGCCACAUUUGAAAUAAAGAUGAACAAAGUA